AUGGAAGAUAAAGUGUUCAACUGCUACUACGAGUUCUGCAAUAAGGUUUACAAAACAAAGUACACUUUGGCUAGACAUAUUAAUUCAGAGCACCUGAAGAUUGGUACACUAACUACCCCCCUCCGUGAGUGAACAAAACCAUUAGAAAAAUCCUUAUUUUUGCACAAAAAACCCACCCUCAGUGGUGAACAAAAAUUUUUUAAUAAUAGAAAAAAAUUUUUAAAUAAAUUUUGAUAUAUAAGUGAUAAUUAGUAUAAUGAAAUCUCGAGCUAAUUCUGUUUAAUUAUAAAUAAAUUGCGUUUUAAAACAUAAAUUUUAUAAAUUAAAUUAAUAUUUGCUUCCCAAUUUUUGCAAAUUAGGAUUUUUUUAAAAUUUCCAACAAAAAAAAAUUUCUAUAAAAUUUAUAAAUAAAUUUUUUUUAAAAAUAAAAAAUUAACCCCCCUCUGCGAGUGAACCAAAUUUUUUUGUUCACUCACGGAGGAGGGGAAUAAGUAACAAAACAAAUCAAAAAGAGGAAUCAGCGAUAUCAAAUGGCAUCGAUAUAAGGCCGAGUAAAGCACAAAUAAACUCAGUAGGAUCAUUUUUACUUUCACAACACAUUAAAGAUACAUCUAAUCUUAAUAUAAAUAUUCAAACAAUGCCAGGCACAUUGCCAGUCUUACCUCUUGUUGAUAACAGUAGGAAAAUUUGUCCAACUGACAUUAAACUUCCUGUAAUGCUGCAUCUUUUACGUUCUACUGAGUAG